GUAUUGCGUGGAAGGAAGGAAAAAGUUACACGUUUGAUGAAAAGUUCUGUUUCAUUUUCUGUUGUUGAUCACAAAUUUUCCAUAAUAACAAACUCUAUUUUGGAUUACAAAUAUCUGCAAGACAACAUAUUUGCAGUGAAUUCGCAACAAUACAAAUGUUGAGUAUGUCGACGAACAGCUUGUCGUAUAAUGAUCAAGGAGGAGCGGAUUCUGCUGUAGAAGUUGGGCAGGAGACCACUCCAACCUCUUCUACUAACGUUACUGCCUCCAGUGCGGGAUUUGGCCUCUUCAGUUCUGAUUUUAAAAAGAAUGAAGAUCUCAAGGAAAUGCUGGAGAGCAACAAGGAGUCCCUCAAACUUGAGGCCAUGAAAAGGAUUGUUGGGCUGAUAGCCAAGGGAAAGAAUGCCUCAGAACUGUUCCCGGCAGUGGUGAAGAACGUCGCCAGUAAAAACAUUGAGCUGAAGAAGCUGGUGUAUGUCUACCUGGUCAGAUAUGCGGAGGAGCAGCAGGACCUGGCCCUCCUGUCCAUCAGCACCUUCCAGCGGGCCCUGAAGGAUCCGAACCAGCUGAUCCGAGCCAGCGCGCUGAGGGUCCUGUCCAGCAUCCGCGUUCCCAUCAUCGUUCCCAUCAUGAUGCUGGCCAUCAAGGAGGCCUCCACCGACCUGUCCCCUUACGUCCGCAAAACCGCCGCGCACGCCAUCCAGAAGCUCCACAGCCUUGAUCCAGACCAGAAAGAGGCUUUGAUUGAAGUGAUUGAAAAACUGCUAAAGGACAAGAGCACACUGGUGGCCGGGAGCGUGGUGAUGGCCUUCGAGGAGGUGUGCCCAGACCGCAUUGACCUGAUCCACAAGAACUACCGCAAGCUCUGCAACCUGCUGGUGGAUGUGGAGGAGUGGGGCCAGGUGGUCAUCAUCAGCAUGCUCACCCGCUACGCCCGCACGCAGUUCCUCAGCCCCUGGAAGGAGGAUACUAUUUUUGACGAGAACAACGAGAAGGCCUUCUACGGCUCUGACGAAGAGAAGAAAGAGAAGGAGGAGUCCAGGCCCUACGUGAUGGACCCCGACCACCGGCUCCUCCUCAGAAACACCAAACCUCUGCUGCAGAGCAGGAACACGGCUGUGGUGAUGUCAGUGGCCCAGCUGUACUGGCACCUUGCCCCAAAGCAUGAAGUGAGCGUCAUAACCAAGUCCCUAGUGCGGCUUCUGAGGAGCCACAGGGAGGUGCAGUAUGUGGUGUUACAGAACAUUGCCACCAUGUCCAUCCAGAGAAAGGGCAUGUUUGAGCCUUACCUGAAGAGCUUCUAUGUCAGAUCUACAGAUGCUACUCAUAUCAAGACCUUGAAGCUGGAGAUCCUGACCAACCUGGCCAAUGAGGCUAACAUCUCCACCAUCCUGCGUGAGUUCCAGACGUACGUGAAAAGCCAGGACAAAGCCUUUGCCGCUGCCACCAUUCAGGCCAUCGGGAGAUGCGCGACAAACAUCGCCGAAGUCACGGACACCUGCCUGAACGGGCUGGUUCUCCUGCUGUCCAACAGAGACGAGACUGUGGUUGCAGAGAGUGUGGUGGUGAUCAAGAAACUUCUUCAAACUCAGCCGUCUCAACACAGUGAAAUCAUCAAACACAUGGCAAAGCUUUUCGACAACAUUACUGUGCCGAUGGCCCGAGCCAGCAUCCUGUGGCUGAUUGGAGAGUACUGUGAGCGCGUCCCAAAGAUUGCCCCAGACGUCUUGAGAAAGAUGGCCAAGAACUUCACAUCCGAGGAAGACCUGGUCAAGCUCCAGACCGUCAACCUGGCCGCCAAACUGUACCUCACCAACUCCAAGCAGACGAAAUUGCUUACACAGUACAUAUUAAAUCUGGGCAAGUACGAUCAGAACUACGACAUCAGGGACCGCACCCGGUUCAUCCGCCAGCUGAUCGUGCCCAAUGAGAAGAGCGGGGCUCUCAGUAAGUACGCCCGCAGGAUCCUGCUGGCCCCCAAGCCCGCGCCAGUGCUGCAGUCCGCCUUCAAAGAUAGGGAUCGCUUCCAGCUGGGCACUCUGUCCCACACCCUCAACUCCAAAGCCACGGGCUACCUGGAGCUGUCGGACUGGCCGGAGGUGGCUCCUGACCAGGCCGUGAGGAACGUGGAGGUGAUCGUGCCGGCCAAAGAGUGGGCGCCCGAGCUCGGAAAGACAAAGCCCACAAAGUCUGACCAGAAGUUCUACUCGGACUCUGGAGAGGAGGAGGAGGAGAAGGAGGCGACCACGGGGAGCAGCAGCAGUGAGGAGAGCAGCAGUGCGGAGAGCAGCAGUGACAGCAGCAGCAGCAGUGCAGAGGAGUCUGGAAGUGAGGAGAAGAGGAGCAGUAAAGGCAGCAGGAGCAGUGACGACUCAGAGAAGAGCUCCAGUCACUCCACCUCCAUCAAGAAGAAACGGCUCCAGAGAAAAAAGCCCAACCUGAAAUCCAGAGACGGGGAUUUCGGCAACGACAAGCAAAAAGGAGCCAAGCCCAAAGCCGGCAGCGAGUCCUCACAGUCACCGCCCGACUCCUCGGCCGACAGCUCCUCCAGCUCAGCGUCCAGCUCAGAGUCGGAAGAAGACACGGCGUCUGACUCGGGCAACGAGCGGAAGAAGGAGCGCAAGUCCAAACCCAAGUCCAAGGUGGAAGAAAAGCCAAAGGCAGAAGUUUCUUUGCUGGAUCUUGAUGACUUUACACCAGUGACCCCUGCCAUACCCAAGUCUUCCAUCCUCUCCCCAAGCUUACUCAGUGAUCUGGAGGGCUUGUCUCUGUCCAAUGUCUCUUCCACCAUCGAGGUCAGCACUCCGGUGUUUGUGCCAGCGAAGUCUCACGAGCUGCUCCACCGGAUGAGCGGGAAGGGGCUGGCGGCACAGUACCACUUCCCCCGCCAGCCCUGCAUCUACAGCCCCAGCAUGGUAUCUGUGCAGGUCACCCUCACCAACAGCUCUGAGCACGCCCUGGAGGACAUCCACAUAGGGGACACCAGCCCUCCUUGCCUCAACAUCCAUGGCUUUAGCAGCAUAGAUUGCCUGGAACCAGCUGCUUCCAUCACCGUGUCUAUGGGUAUUGACUUCAAUGACUCCACUCAAGCAGCAAACUUUCAGCUGUGCACAAAGAAUGACCAGUUCAGUGUGUCCAUCCAACCUGUGGUGGGAGAGCUGUUUCUGCCAGUCACAAUGACGGAGCAGGACUUCCUCAAGGAACAAGGAAAGCUGACGGGGAUGAAUGAGAGCUCGGCGACCAUCACCAUGGCACCAGAGAAUGCAUCCAGCCAACCCCUCGGCAGGAAGGUGAUCUCUGUGGCCAACAUGGGCGUUGUCCCGUCUGGUCAGGACAGUAUCCUCAGGUUCGCUGGACGGACAGCCUGCAGUGGGGCCCUGGUGCUGGCCACGGCCCAGCUGAGGGAAGGGGAGACCCUGCUCACCGUCAACACGGAGAAGACGGUGGUGGGGUCCAUGCUGCUGCGGGAGCUGAAGACGGCCCUGUCCCAGGGGUAGAGCUCCACUCACAUUCAGCACAUCACAGCCUCAUCUGGCACCGCUCCCACUGGGGAAGAGAGAGGACACGUCAGACCAGUACCCUGUUCCCAUCCUCUUCCCCACACACACACACACACACACACACACACACACACACACAUACACACAUACAGAUACAGAUACACAUACAGAUACACACACGUACACACGUACACACAUACAAAUACACACACGUAAACACGUACACACCUACACGCACGCGCAUGCACACACACGUACACAUGCACACAUGCACACAGACACAAACACAUGUACACGUAUGCACACACACAUAAACACACGUUCACGUACGCACACGUUCUCACACACAGACACCAUAUACAUGCAUACACGCAUACACGCAUGCCUACACACGCUCACACAAGCGGCACACACUCACACAUACACAUUCCCUGUUUGAGCCCUGUCUGUUUUGUUGCCUAGAUUGGCUAAAUUACAUGUUUUAUUCCUGUAAGAAAUAGCGGUUCUUGUAUUUCCUCACUCACAGACACACACAGUACUCCCUGGCUAAGCACUCCAGUGCUGGAGGAGUUCAGCCUUAGUGGUCUGUGCUGUAGUGCCAACAAGAACCCUUCCCCAUUAUAGUUAUUGUGAUACAGCUGACCUGGUAACUAAUGACAGAAACUUGCUUUUAGAUAUCUUUCAUGCCAAAGGUUUUGUCCCCCCAUGGACAGAAUAAACCUCAGUGUCCUGUUAGCAUUUCAUUUUACGGGUCAGAUAGGCCACUAAGGCUGUCCCAGUAAGUUCUCUAUUCCUAUCGCUUAAAAUAAGGGUCUCCUCCGGACUGCUCAUUUCACUUUGUUCAAAAUGAAGAAAUACAAGUGCCUUUUUUUGUUAAUGAAGAGAAAAAAGUGUUUUUAAACAGCCAAAAAAAAAAAAGGUAUUUGUUGAUCAGUGAGUUCUGUGCCACUUUUCUGUGAAAAAUAAAAGACUCAAUUUAUUAAAAUGAGAAAAUAAA